AUGUCUGCUGCCAAGCCUACCUUCGUUCUCGCGCCUGGUGCGUGGCACAAGGAGAUCUGCUACUCUCCCGUCGAGCAGAUCCUCAACUCCAAGGGCUACGAGACCGUCGCCGUCGAGUACCCCUCCGUCGGCGCUGAGCCCCCCACCAAGGGCCUGAACGAUGACGCUGCCGCUGUGAGAUCCGUCCUCCAGAGACUCGCCGACGAGGAGAAGGAGAUCGUCCUGGUCGUCCACUCCUACGGCGGUCUCGUCGGUGCCAACGCCGUCGAGGGUCUCGGCUACAAGCAGCGCGCUAAGGAGGGUAAGAAGGGCGGUGUCAUCACCUUCGUUUACCUCAGCGCCUUCGUCGUCCCCGUUGGCAAGUCUAUCAAGGUUAUGCUUGGUGGCCAGUUCCUUCCUUGGAUGAAGUUCGACGGUAACUACGUCCACGCCCUCACUCCCGAGGAGAUCUUCUACCACGACGUCGAGCCCGAGCUCCAGGCGAAGGCCAUCUCCCAGCUGAAGCACCAGUCGGCGCCCGUCUUCGACGAUGUCGUCACCUACGAGCCCUGGCACGAGAUUGACUCCAUGUUCUUCUUCUGCACGGAGGACAAGGCCAUUCCCCUCGCCAUCCAGGAGGGCAUGGCCCAGCAGCUCGGCCCCAACGGCUUCACCUACUCCGUCAAGGCCUCCCACUCUCCCUUCCUCUCCGUCCCCAAGGAGGUUGUUGAGGGUCUGGAGCACGCUGCUAAGGUUGGCCAGGAGAGAGUCAGAGCAUAG